CUCGACACAACCACAGCCUUCAAUGCAGCAAGAUUGAAGCUGCCUGCGGCCCAUCUGCGAUCUCAAGUCUGACCGCAUUUCUCUGGCAAGAUAUCCUACCCUCAUCAGACGCCAUCUUUUGAUUUGCCAUGAGUAUACACUGCGCCAGACAAUCCUCCUAGCAGCCACUCCCCCACCUCCACAAGAAUCACCACGCUCGACAUUGCUGCUGCACCCUGACUGAAUAGCCCGCCCACCAUGGCUUCCCAAACGCCCGCCGUUGUCAUGGACAACGGAACCGGCUUCUCGAAACUUGGAUUUGCCGGAAACGAUGCACCCUCGUGGGUUUUCCCUACAGCUAUCGCAACAAAACAAGGAGCUGGAAGCGCAGGCGGCGCUGGCUCAGGCCGCCCAGCAGUUGCCAACAAACCCUCCUUUCUCACUGGCGGCGCUGGUCCUUCCUCCAACCUCGCAGGCAAGAGAGGCACUGAAGACCUAGACUUUUUCAUUGGUGAUGAAGCCCUGGCUGCUGGAAAUGGCCCUGGAUAUGGAAUUCACUAUCCCAUCAGACAUGGCCAGAUCGAGAAUUGGGAUCACAUGGAACGCUUCUGGUCCAACUCAAUAUUCAAAUAUCUGAGGGUGGAACCCGAGGACCAUUACUUCCUCCUCACAGAACCUCCACUAAAUCCUCCUGAAAACCGUGAAAACACUGCCGAAAUCAUGUUCGAAUCCUUCAACUGCGCAGGUCUCUACAUUGCCGUCCAGGCCGUCUUAGCGUUGGCUGCUUCUUGGACUUCUUCCAAGGUCACAGACCGCUCUCUCACUGGCACUGUCAUCGAUUCCGGUGAUGGUGUGACUCACGUCAUUCCUGUCGCCGAGGGUUACGUUAUUGGCUCUUCAAUCAAGAGCAUUCCCAUCGCUGGUCGCGAUAUCACCUAUUUUGUCCAAAGCUUAUUGAGAGAUCGAGGUGAACCAGAUAGUAGUCUGAAGACUGCUGAAAAGGUCAAAGAGGAGUACUGCUACGUGUGUCCUGACAUUGUCAAGGAAUUUGCCCGUUACGACAAAGAACCCGAUCGAUUCCUCAAGCAUACCGUCACCUCGCCCAAUGGAAGAUCCGUUUCGAUCGAUGUGGGAUACGAACGCUUCCUCGCUCCAGAAAUUUUCUUCAACCCUGAGAUAUAUUCGUCUGAUUUCCUCACUCCACUGCCAACCGUGGUCGAUGGUGUGAUCCAGUCCUCUCCUAUCGAUGUCCGAAGAGGUCUCUACAAAAACAUUGUGCUUUCAGGCGGUUCCACCUUGUACAAAGACUUUGGUCGACGGCUGCAACGCGACAUUCGACAUCUGGUAGAUGCUCGAAUUCGAGCCUCAGAAGCACGCAGCGGAGGGGUUAAGAGUGGUGGUCUCGAUGUUCAGGUCGUCACACAUAAGCGGCAACGACAUGGCCCCUGGUUCGGAGGUAGUCUUCUGGGUCAAACUCCUGAAUUCAAGAGCUACUGCCACACCAAGGCCGAGUACGACGAGAUUGGACCCAGCAUUGUGCGCAGAUUUGCACUACUCGGUGGACCAGGAAGCACCUAGACGGAUAGAUAGUCUGAUGAGGUACCAAAACAAUGCCAUAUGAAGAGUCACAAAGUCUAUUAA